AAAUUUGUUUAUCGUAUUUAAAAUCGAGACUGUCGUAUCUGCCAAAUUUGUUUCUGCCCGCUUACGUUCUUUGUAACAGGUUAUCUGUGAUAGUUGCCGAUUAGAAAUGGCUACGCGUCAGUUGUGGAUAUAAGAUAUUAGGUUUAAAGUUUGAAAGUAUUUUUACGUCAGCAAUAAGUAUUACAUUUAAGGUAUGAUUAGUAUGCGUACUCAAAAUGUAUUAUCUCUAUAGGAGAUGAUUUUAAAGAAAGAAAAUGGUUGAAACAGACAGAGACCAGGUGAUCUCUACGUUGAGAUCAUGUCUUCUGUCAGUGAAAGGUGAAAUUUCAGUUGGAAAUCUUGAUCGUGACUAUAAAAUGUUAGUGGGGUCCAGGAUCCCUUAUCAGAAGCUGGGUUUUGAGAACCUUGAGCUGUUUUUGAAGAGUGUACCUGAUGUCAUAAUUUCACGUGGCCGUGGUGGGGAAAUGAUCGUAAAUGCCAUUCCAAAUAAGAACACAGAACAUUUGGCUGCAUUGAUUUCAAAGCAGAAGUCUACUUCAAAAAGACAUAAGGACACAUUAAGAUAUGUGCCUCCACGUCGUACAGCAGCGUCUUCCUGGAGACCUCCAAAAAGUGAUAUAUCUGUAAGAACAUCCAAGCGCUGCACCCGUGACAGUGUUCAAAUGCCACUCUGUGUUACUGUAAAUAAUCAUCCAGAUAGCGUAAAGUUUCCUUUGAAGAAAGAUUCUCGUGUAGUUUCCUUUGCACAUUCUCCAUCACCAGAACCUCAAAGUACACAUCAACAACCUGCAUCUUCCAGUAAUGGUAGCAGUGGCUGUGGUGGAGGGAAACAUUCCUAUUCGGCAUUUGAGAAGCCCCCUAGGUUUCUUCGAUUGUCUCAACCAGAAAACAUUCCAUAUUCUAAGCCUGUACCUUAUCCAGCAGUAUCAAAAUCUAAAUCUCAAGAUAGACUAGUGCAAGGAAUAUUAGUAACAGGAAAUUCAGCUAAGAACGAGAACAUGAUGCUGAAUUUGAAUAGAACAGAAGUAACUGAUAGCAGAGCAGCUAGUAACACUUAUGAUGUUACAAGCCCUAGGGACCAUACCAAAACUUCACCACUGACACCACUGCAUGCCAGGCUGAAUGUUGCAGAACAGAAAACUCCAAAGGUACAAGUAAUGUUACCUCUUAAUGAACAGUUUACUAGAGUGUCUCUUGGUGGUGAAGAUUUUAUAAAGCAACUUGACAAUUUUGCUCAGUCAAAAGGCAUGAGUACACCUACAUACAAGAUUAUACCACGGAUGUCUGAUGGCAAGCAAUACUAUUCCUCUUCAGUGAAGAUUGAUGGUAUUAGUAUCAGUAGCUAUCCUGAUGAACGAUCAUCACCAGGAGAAGCAAUGCACCUAGUUGCUAAGCAAGCUCUGGAAGUACUACAGAGUCACAUCAAAGAGAGUGGUAGUGGUGGGACCCAGGAUGAGAAUACAGUUAUGACAAGGAUAUCACAUAUAGUUGGUGGGAAUCGUUUUGGUAUGUGGUCAACACAGAUUCGCAUCGAUUAUUAUGAACGUUACAAUGAAAAUUUACCUGAUGAUUGGCUGACGAUAAUGGAAAGAUGUCCGCUGGUUAGUUUGGACCACGUGGCUCAAAAUAGGACCAUCAUUACACCUAACUUGCUGGCUUCACCAACAGAGUCUGCAAGACGAAGUAUUGAAGCACCUGCAUUAUCAAUGGAAGCAUCUCUUAGUCAACUGUCAGUGAGUCCCAUUCAACCGAGUGUGCCAGAGUCCAUCGCAUUUCCUCAGGAAGAUGCAUGGGAUAUGUAUAUUACAUGUGGAAAUUCAACAAACAAGAUUUGGGGUCGACUGAUCGGAGAGGAAUAUAGUGUAAAAUAUGAAAAUCUGGCAACAGAUAUGGAAAUAUUUUACAUGGGACAAACAAAUGUUGCAGCUAAUCCAGAGAUAGGUUCAUUUUAUGCCAUUAAAAUGGAUGAUUGCUGGCAUCGUGUUAAGCUUGUAGAAAUUGAAGAGACACGUACUGAAGGACGGGUGUUCUACAUUGAUCAUGGAGAUGAAGAGGACGUUCUUUUAAAUCAGCUGCAUACACUGGAGCGACGUUUUUCAACGUUACCAGCACAGGCUAUUCGUUGUUUCUUAUGGGGCCUGGAAGACUUCGCAGAUGAUCCGAAUGUGGCACAUCACAUUACUGAUACUAUUCUUGGUAGAACACUGGUGGCUUCUAUAAAGUCUCUGCCAAACCCAACGAAAUCAGGAGUUGGCAUUGUGCUGUUUGAUACGAGUACAGACGAAGAUUUGAAUAUGAACACUGUGUUGGUAGAAAAUAUCAGUAAGGAUGCAGUAGCACCUCAUUUACCAUCGGAAGGUAAUGUAGAGGAGGUGUAUAUCUCACAUGUGACGGAUACAGGCGAUGUCUUCCUGCAGUUUGAAAGCUAUAAUUACCUACAUUCACUUUUAUGCAGUGUGAUUGAAUCUGGUAUUAAACAGGAUAGGAUUCUGAAGGGCUCUGAUGCCCAUUCUCCCGAUCCUUCACGACUAUAUCUGGCUCGAUACCAUGAAGAUGGCAAUUGGUACCGAGCUGCCAUCACAAAGAAACUUAAUGGGCAGAGAGAGGUUGAGGUGAUGUUUGUUGAUUUUGGCAACACUGAGGUAAUGAACCCAUCAGAAUUAGUUUUACUUGAAACUCUGAAAAAAUCUCUUGCUGAAUUUCCUCAUCAGGCCAUCAAGGUUCACCUCUAUAAUGUGCCAUGUUCAUCAUUCAGUGAACGUAUGGUCCUUCGAGUGCGAGAACUUGUUCCAUUUGAUGAAUGUGUCUUAGUAAAGACAGUAUCUGCCAGAACACCAAACAGGAUUCCUAUGGUGGAGAUAUUUAAACGUAUUAAGCCAGACAAUCUUCUUGUGUCUAUUAAUAACACGUUGGCCUUAGAUCCUGACCUCAAACCUCAGUUGAAGUCAAAUGUUGAUGAUGGUAACGUUCUACAUUGCAAGAAGCAUUUGGAACAUUCGCAAACCCUAGCACUGACUUGCUUGAAAAGUUGCCUAACUGAAGCUUCCAGUAGUGGCAGUAACGUGGUGGCACCACAGCAUCUUAGUCCUCUAGGCUGUGAGUCACAUGAUGAUGCUUCGACUUCAAGGGGACUCUGUCCUCCACAGAUUCCAGAUAUUGGUGAUUACUUUGAUGUACAUGUAACGAUGGCAGCGAAUCCAGGAAAUUUUACGGUUCAGCCAUAUAAAGAUGAAUUACGGCUGGAGAAAAUGAUGGUGGAUAUGCAAAUACAGUACAUGCAACAGAAGUAUUCACAUCCAAUGCCCGAUAGCAUUCAUGAAGGUGGAUUAUAUGCUGCUCUGCAUCAUGAUGGCUACUGGUACAGAGUGUGUGUGUCCAAUAUUAUCAGUGGUAGUUCGGUAUCAGUGUACUUUUGCGACUAUGGAGAUUUGUCAAUUCUGCCACUAGAUAAGCUGCAGCCCUUAACCAGCCAGUUCAAAGAGCUGCCCUACCAAGCCAUCAAAGCGAAGCUCGCAGGCAUCCAACCUAAACAUAGUGAUUGGUCUAUUGAAGACUGCGACAUGUUUCAAGAACUUGUAGUGGAGCGUGAAUUUGUAUCUGUCAUAAUGGAAACGAGCCCAGAUCUUUUGAAUCCAACCGAUAUGGUCAUAGGAUUAAAACUCAUUGAUACAUCAGGGAAAGAUGAUAUUUGCAUAGAUGAGUUGCUAAUCAGUCAAGACAGAGCUAUUAGGACCAUGUGAUAAUUUUAUAUCAUGCCAAAUUAUGUAUCCUAAUCCUUCUUAAUUAUGCCAUCUGUGCUUUGCCAGAGGGGUAGUAUUUUCGCCUUAGGACUCCAUAUAUACCGAAAGAUGGUUUAAUUAAUAUUAGUGCUGUGUAUUAAUGUGUUAUGAAAUCAAAAGUAAGUCUGUUAACUUUGUUUGCAUAGAGGAGUGUUUUGUAUGUUUGAUCUGACUUAGUUAUAGAUGUUAAAUAGCAUUACCAUGUUCCUGAAGUUUGAAGUGUACUUCAGGAUGAAGUAUGGCAUUGUACCUGCUGAAAGUUAUUUUUCUUCUUUUAAAAGAAGAGAGAAAGAUAUGUGAAUUUAACUCUGUAAAUGUAUGGAUUAUCUGAUAUGUGGAGUAGUUAGGUUCGAAGCAUAAAUUUCUGCCAAAGUUUGUCACAGUUGUAAGAUUUGAGGUUCUCACAGUGGUGAGUAUGAAGAUUUCUGUCUUCUGGGUUGUUGCGCUGUGUAGUCCGUCAUCAGGGCGAUGAAUCGCCCUGAUGACGGAGACAGUACAACCUCUGAAACGUUGGUAAACAUCUACCGGACUACACGGCGCAACAACCCAGAAGACAGAAAUCUUCAUUUGUCACAGUUGAAAAUUCCAGCUUCUUCUCAUACUCGGUGUAUGCCGAAUGCAUCAACAGCUGCUGUUCCAGUAAGUAUGUCAACUCACAAUCGUUUGGUCUCUAGUUAUUUUAAAAUAACUUUCUAAUUUAUUUGUUGUUACAACUUGUUAUUUAUGUUGAGAAAUACGUGUGUAUGUAAGAUAAUGAACUUAAGUUGUAUUUUGGUAAGUAGCGAGAUAAUUUGUUUUAAAAUAAGUCACAUAUUAAAAAUCUAAAUAUUUACAAACUGUACUGGAACAAAAUACUAUGAGCUAAUUUGUUUUAUUAUUUACAUAUCUUACAACACAAUUAUACAGUUUUUUUCCCCCCCAGAAUAAAGCUUUUUUAAAUAUUGAUCUGAAUCUAAUUGGUUUUGUUGUUGAUAUAGGCUUUCAGUAAUGAAUAAUUAUGUAAUGUAGUAAUCUAUUUCAUUCAUAGAUUUCCACUAUCUAGAUGGUGUUUGCUGUAACGUCAAAAUUUUACCCUGUCACUAAGUACAUAAUUUAACUUUCAUUGAGAAUUUGGCCUUUUAUCUGUCACCACAUUCCUAGCUGCAGUGUCUCUUUAGGUAUCACUACUGUGAUGUGUAACACUAAAUGUAGUUUUUGCGUGAUUUCCGUCUCAUUAUUUUGCAUUCCACAAAAAAUUACAUAAGGUGUUGGGAUACGUAUUAUUGGUGAUCUGUCAUGAUUCAGGAUUUUGGGGUCUUUGUUGCAACUGCCCCAAGAAUUCACAAUCGGUGUUAAUGAUGGCAGGAGAUUAAAAGUAUAAAAGUGGAAUGGGUUACACUUUAUACCAAGUUUAAUAAAAAUUAGUUCAGGCAUUAUUGGUAGACACACAUGGCCAUGAAAUUGUGUGGUGAGAUUUCAGGUUCUCACAACAAUGUAUAUAAAUGACUUAUGUGGGAUGUUGUGGGCUGUAGUUUUAUUAAUAGAUUAUUACUAAGAAAGUGAAAUGUGGGUAGGUGAUUCUGAAUGUGUGCGUGCAUGUGCGCUCGUGCGUACGCUCCUACAUACGUAUGUACAAGUAUAUUUAUAUGUAUUUUGAACAAAAGAAUUUGACCUUUGAAGUAUGGGGAAAGGAAAUGCCAUGUUUUAAAAAUGGUGAAAAAGCUACUAAUAUGUCUGCACCUUGAUCAUAUUUUUUUUUAAUUUGAAGUUGUUUUCAGUAUAUUCUUUUUAUUUUAGUGAAAAGUAAAAUGAAUACAAUUUAAACUAAGUUUAUUAUUAUUAUUUUAAUGUAUAUUAUUCUGUUGUUUUUAUUACUACAUUUCCAGUUCUAUUUAUUUAAUGUUUUGUGUUAUGUGAUUGUGUUACAUACGUACUGUCACGUGUUGCAAAAAAGAUUCCCAAUUGUGUUUAUUUCUGAAUAUAUGUAAUCUAAAACUGCCUUUGCCCUGAGACCAACCGAGUGUCGGACAGAGAUGAAAUAUACAGGUGAAGGAACCAAGUCACGUUUAGGCAUUUGUCAAGCUUGUGGAUAUUCCGUUACCUUCAUAUACUGCCAUGGUUACAGUUUAUAAGGAUGCAUAUGCAAAAGUUUAGUUUUGGUUAUUAGUGUGUUACUGGGCCUCAAAACAGGUCUCCAAACAAAGGAGUGGAUCUGUUUAACCCUUGUCAUAUGAGAAUAUGGGAUUUAAAUCCCUGUACUAUGGGACUGCUGGACAUUUACUCCAAGGGUAACAAUUUAAUGAUACGUUAGUGUGACGCACGGCCAGCUGGUACACAGUAAGUAAAGGUUAAAUAAAUAGGCUCUACUUUACUUCAUUCAGUCUUUGUCUUCAGUUUCUGAAAGAUAAGUCCAUUUUUUGUUUAUAUACAAGGCAUUCAGCAAAACAUUUUCGAUGCACAGUAUAUUUGUAAUUUUUUAGGGUACUCAUGUUCUUAAGUUGCAUCUUAAUGUUAUUGUACCAGCUCUUCAGUUUUCGCAAUAGAUUUCUCUACAAAAAUUUUGUAUGCAUUACUUAUCUGCCAGUUAUCCUGUUCAUGUGCUAAUCCCACCGUAGUUUUCUGUAUAAAUUUAUCCUAACAGUACUAGACCUAUAAAAGGGGAAAACUUUCUCGUGUAAGAUUAUGUAUUUUUCGCUUUAUCAUACUUUGAUCUAAUUAUUUUUGACAUAUACCAAAGAGCCGGAAAAAUUGUUUGGAACAGAUGAGGUGAUAACAGCUAUUGAAAGAGUUAAUAUCUUCUAUUACAGUUCCAAAUGUUGACAGUGAAGUAAAGAGAGUACAGAAUUUAAGAACUUUUUUUAGUUUUUGCUUUGUGCUCAUGGGUUAAGAAGAGAAUUCAUUUUUCAGCUUGAUAAGUCUUUGCAAUUUUUUAUUUUUGCAUGUGGAUGAAUCAAGUGUUAUUUGUUUGAGUUCUGUAAUUGAUAUAACUAUGGUCAUAUGAAAGAAGGAAUUAUUAGAGCAAUAUUUUUA